AUGUCGACGACAUUACUCAAGUCUGGGCUUUUGAUAGCCAUGGUUCUGUUGACGGCGGUGGCUGGACUGACUCCAAUUUGGGUAGGUUUUAGUUUUUUUAUUGUUUUUGUGUUUAGGAGAGUUUUAGACAAGGAUAAGGUCGUUUUUGGAGGGUUGAAGGGAUAGUUUUGGCUAUAUUGCGAUUAAUUUUGAAAUGAGUGUUGUGUUUAUUCGAUAUUUUGUUACUAAGGAAUUUAAAAAACAGUCCAAGUAUAGUUUAGAGUUUAAAAACAAUAAGUUUUCAAAGAUAUAUAGCUUUUUUGGACUUUGAUAAACUACUUUCGGUCAUAUUCUUAUGAAACGUUAAACUAUAGUGUUUCUUUUGUGGUCUUUUGUUGCUAAGAAGUUUUAAAAACGUUUAGAAUGUAGUUUAGAGUCUAGAAACAAUAAGCUUUCAUGGUUAUAAGGUUUUUUUUAUUAUAAGAUUAUGUUAUUCAUGAAAAAGGUGUUUUUGGUCGUAAUUUAGUUGAAAAUCGCAAGUUUUAAGUCGUUUUUUAUAUCUUAGGUUUAUAAGGAGUUUAAGCUACCACUUUAUAUGUUAAAUACUUCAUUUUGUAACUUUUAACGAUAUUAUCCAUGGCGAGUAUGUAAAGGUUAAAAAAAGCUCAAAGAUAACAAUCUGUCUGAACUGAACGUUUAGAUCAAACGUGACUGAUAUUAGCACAUUUUUGUAAACGUCUUGCACUAUCUCUCCGAUCUUAACAAAGCAAUCAAUCACUUUCCCAUGUAAUCAAAUAUAUUAAUCAUCAGUUUUGAAUUUUGUGAUUUGUCAUAGAUUUUUGAUGAUUUGUUUGGGAAUCUUAAGAUUUUUGGAAAAGUUUUAAUAUUUAUUUAAUAAUUUUUAAUCAGAUUUUGGUCUUUGUGUUACUGUUUUUAAAAUUUUUGAUGUUAUUUACACAUUUUUGAUGAUUUUAAUAUAAACCUCUUUGCAGAUCCUUCGAACUCUCCGCAAACGGGCCCACAAACAUGGUACAGGCAAGAAGAAGUCCCGUGUAUCAUUACUGUUAUGUUUGCUUACCUGUUUCUCCGCUGGUGUAUUCUUGGCGACAUGUUUCUUGCACUUGUUCCCCGAGCUCUUCGAACAUGUGGAGAUGAUGAAGGAAACCUAUGGAUUUGAUCCCGACUUCCCCGUAGCUGAAUUACUGGCUUGUACUGGGUUUUUCGUACUGUUUUUGGUCGAGGAGUUGGUACUGAUUAUACUGCCAAAUGCUGGACAUAGUCAUGGAAGCUCGGAGAGCGAAAUGGAACGGUAGGCUAUGUUAAUAUUGGACUUUUUUGAUUUUAGGAGGAUUUAUAAGUUUGAAAGAAGGCAGUUUUGAUGAAAGCGAAGUUUCUCAAAAAUCUAAAGUUCUAAUCCUUUGACAUCUAAAGUUUAAAUUUCAGAAGCCGAAGCCGUGUAGACCAAGUAGGACUCCUAAGAGCGGCGGAUGGAGACGAUCGUCAUCACGGUGGUUUCUCACCAAGUCAACCAUCUCAAACCGAAACCCAGAAUGUGGCAUCGCCUCGACAAUGUUCUGUAGCAACGUGUAAAGAAGCCACGAUACCAAUUAUCGCCGAACCAGAACGUUGUGAAGCAAAUUGUGCUACUGUCAAGGAAUACCCACCUAUUAUCACACACAGUAGACCACAUCCACACAGUCAUUCCACACGAUCAGUUACGAUUGUUUUGGCUAUCGCCUUUCAUGCCAUCAUCGAGGGAUUGGCACUGGGAGUUCAGGUGGGAUAUUGUUUUAGGUUGUUUGUUAUGUUGUAGUAGAUAUUGAGGUUAGAAAUUGAGAUUUUUUGGGUAUAAAAGGCACGUCUAAUCAAGUUAGAGCUUAGGUUAAAAUUGGAGACGAUAAAAAUAAUUUUGAAGUAUCUUAUCAUAACAAAAAUUAAAAUCUUGACUAAAUACAGCGUUUCAUACCUAUAUUAAUAUAAAUCCCAUUUUUAGACAGAUCCGGCCAAAAUAUGGGCAAUAUUCAUAUCCCUAACGGUUCACAAGCUCAUAGUAGCCUUUUCAAUUGGAUUGCAGCUGGCUAGAACCCAUGCCCAUAGCCUGAAAUGGGUUAUAUUAUCCAUGGUUCUAAUAGCCUUUAUGACCCCGAUUGGAGGUGUGAUAGGCAUGCUGGUAAGACAUGCAUCGAUGAAUGCCCAACUCCAAGACACAAUCAUAUUGAUUUGUCACGGAUUAACGGUGGGAACGUUCCUCUACGUAACGUUCUUCGAAGUAUUAAUACACGAAAGAGACAACGAGCAUCCAAAUCUGCUUAAAGUAAGUUUGAAAUGUCAGUUUAAAUGUAAUCCAAUCAUUUCCAGCUCCUAGCCAUGGUCAUAGGAUUCACAUUGAUCGGCAUCAUCCGUCUAUUAACCCACGGCCACUCGCACGGCCAUUCUCAUGAACAUCAUCACGAGGAUCACGACCAUCAUGAUCAUCAUUAG